AUGUUGAAUCAAUACGACCACCACAAACGGGACAGAUCUUCCUCGCCUGACUCAUCAAAUAAACGGCACGCCUUCGCUUCCUUUUAUAAUGCCUUUUCUGCGGCUAUAAAAGAUCAGCCUAAAAAGGUGCAUCAGGACGAUCUUCCCCUUCCACCAGAAUCAUGGGAAGAAAUGCUUAAUCAUCCUUAUAAAGCCGAAUUUAUGCAAGCCGCAGACAUCGAAUAUCAGAAACUUGAGAAUAUGAAUGCAUGGACACCCAUGAAGCGAAAGACCAUUGAAGAAGACCAUAAGACAUGCAAAUGGUCUACAAAGCCCCACCGAUGCCCUAGGCACCAAGUUCUACCACUUAGAUGGGUCUUUACCUAUAAAGUGGAUGAAAAUGGCUAUUUAGCCAAAUUCAAAGCUAGAAUUUGUGUCCGCGGAGAUCUCCAAAUCUCCCAGGAUGCCUAUAUUGAGAAAAUUGCGCAUCGAUUCCAUAUAACGCCUUUGAAACCGGUUAAAACACCAUUUCCACCCUCGCCGCUCCCCGCUCCACCUUCGGACUACCAGACUCCCCUAGCUAUGAUCCAUCUCUAUCAGCAGAAGAUAGGAUCAUUGCUUUAUGCCACAAUUAUGACACGGCCUGAUGCCGCAAAAGCCACACAAAUACUUUCGGAACAUCUCACGAACCCUACUGAAAAGCAUAUGGACGCUGCAGAUAAAGCCAUAGCCUAUCUAUACCACACUAGAUAUAAGGCUAUAGGGUAUUCCCCUGUGCAGUCUGAUAGUCCUACCUUUGUGUGUGCAAGCGAUGCAUCCUAUGCAGACAAUAUCGGACGAAAGUCAUCUGAAGGCUAUAUAGCCUACCUAUUCAAUGGUCCGAUAGACUGGAUUGCACGGAAGCAGAAGACGGUGACGACAUCAACGACAGAAGCCGAAUUGCUUACUAUUUCAUCAGCUAGUAAGCAUAUGAUGUGGUGGAAACGUCUCUUUAGGUCUAUUGAACUAGACCUAGAUCAGGAAAGGCUUAGUGUCCUUUGUGACAACAAACAGACCGUGGACCUCCUUACUAAGGUCAAUUCUUUGUUCCGCACAAAGCUUAGGCAUAUUGAUAUCCACCACCAUUAG